AUGCAGAUCUUCGCGGAGCUGACAGCGUCACUACCAGCUAAGAAGGAAGACGUGGAACAGUUGGAUAAGGCUUCCAUUAUGAGACUCGCCAUAUCAUAUCUACGUGUGCGUGACGUUGUGUCUAUGUUGCCAGAAGAUAAGGAAGUUCCGUUAAUGCAGAGUCCCAAAGGCCUAGAGGAGAUCCAAUCAGAGCUUUCAUACAUGAAAGCCUUGGAUGGUUUUGUUCUGGUGCUAUCCCAACAGGGCGACAUCGUCUACUGCAGCGAGAAUGUUGCUGAGCAUCUCGGAGUUUCACAGAUGGAGGUUAUGGGUCAGAGUGUGUUCGAGUUCAGUCACCCCUGCGACCACGAGGAGGUGAGGGAGGCUCUGAGGUCAAGUAAAGAUGGCAAGAGGGACCUUUUGUUGCGUCUCAAGUGCACACUCACCAGUAAAGGGAGGAACGUUCAUCUCAAAUCUGCUUCUUACAAGGUGAUCCAUGUAACUGGACACAUGCUGACAGAAGAAAAUCAAACUGAUGAUGAUAAAGAUGGAAAGAAAAUCACCAAGUCGGCCCUCGUGGCUGUGGGAAGACCGAUACCUCAUCCAUCGAACAUAGAAACUCCUUUGAACAAUAUGACUUUCCUCACAAAGCACAGCUUGGACAUGAAAUUCACUUAUAGUGAUGAAGGUCUUCAAAAUGCCCUUGGAUAUGACUCCGAUGAUCUGGUCGGUCAUACCUUGUAUGACUAUCAUCAUGCUGCUGACAGCGGUGUACUCCUGCAACAAUUUAAAUCAUUGUUCUCUAAGGGACAAUGCGAGACCGGCCAAUAUCGCUUCCUCGCCAAGAAGGGCGGCUACGCCUGGGUCCAAACCCAGGCCACCGUCAUCACCGACAAGCAACAAAAGCCAAUUAGCGUCAUCUGCGUCAACUACGUCAUCAGCGGUAUCGAGUGCAAAGAUGAGGUGUUCGCUGCACACCAAGUGCAGCACGCAGACUUGAAGCCUGCCGUGGCUCCAACUAGAGCUGAAGCUAAUCCAACACAGAUUUGUGUGGCCACUGAACCAUCUAACGGUGCUAUAGUGGCCGCUGUCCUUCCAGAAGAAGAGCGCCCUGUACCCGUUACUGAACUUAUAUUUGCACCCAGAAAGAAGGAAAUGAAUAAAGGAUUUCUCAUGUUCUCUCCUGACGAGGGACUUACAAGUGAGUUGCAAACGAACUGCAAAAGCUUAGUGCUUAAAGACGAGCCGGAGGACCUCACACAUUUGGCGCCGACUGCCGGAGAUGCUUGCAUUCCUUUAGAGAACAGCCCCUUUGAUAUGUUCGACGAAUUCAUUUUAAGUGACAAUUAUUGUAGUCUACUUGGUGAUGAUCUGACGAGUGGAUCACCAGUAGAUUCGUUGAUAGCGGAUUCCUUACUCUCGUCCCCAGAGCCACAGGAAACCGAAUCAUCGUGCGAACAGUCGUCGCUUCUGAACGAGUUGUCUUUGGAUGCGUUUGACAGUAACAAGUCUGAGAAUGACAUCGAAGAUGGACAUUCACCAUUCAUCCCCACCACUGAUGAGCUUCCUCUUCUGGAGCCAGCAGUUAUGUGGGGGGCUCUGCCUGACAACGUGUGCCAGGCUAGACCUCAACCCACUGAAGUUCAAAGCCCCGCACCAGCGCUGCAACGCUUACUAGCAGCGCCCCCCACCGGGCCACGACCACAAGAUCUCAUCACAAAUAUAUAUUCAGAUCAAGGUCUUAUUCCAAGCAAGAUAUCAACAUGGGACACCGGUGUUAAGCGUGUGUUGACUAAAGACGAAGAGCCCUCAGCGAAACGCGUGAAGCGUAGUCCAUCACCGACAACGAAUCAGACCUCAAGCGUCCUUAUGAACCUCCUGGAUGUCCACAAUAAUGGAAAGACGACGAAUCAGCUGCCAAAAUAUCAGAUGCUAGUCACUCCACCGACGGUCUCCCCACAGAGCCAACUCCGAAACAUCCCGGUGCCGGUCAUAAACAUGAUGCAGCCGAACCAGCAGCUCCGAAACACAAUAACCAACCAAAUAACAAACAUAUCAAAUCCAAUGUCCCCACUGACUUUAAACGUGGGUAGUCCGCUAUACUCCCUCCCAUCAAGCCCAGCUAUAAGUCCGGUCCAAAGAGACCGCGUUUUAAGCCCUUACUCCACCCCCCAAUCUUUAUCACCCGCUGGUAGUUAUCAAAUGUACAGCCCCAAUAGCAACAUUCUCCUAUCACCAUCCGGAGUAAUGCAGGGCUAUGAUCCGUAUUUGACGAACAAAAUGCAGACUAGCCCGGGAUAUCCCCUCCAGACAUCAGAUAUGCUGAUGGAUUCCAACAUGCAGCUACAAUCUACCGACUUCUGGUCUGAUUCUGAGAUGCUUCAAGGCACAAGCGAUCUCCUCACAGCAUUCGAUGACGUCAAACUGGUCUAA